GCUCCAGGCUGCGAACUCCUUUCUCGUUUGCCUUUAAAUUAAAUUCUUGACUCCCAGCCAUUGAAGACCCCGAAUCAACAUCCGACAUUGAUUUGGACCAGCUUCUCAAACCGAACCCGUCUCUCGAAAGGCAUGGAAGCUUUGAAGCAGCGUGUCAGCUAAGAAGGAAAAGUCUUCGAAGCCACUUAGGCCACAAAAAGAUCCCAUAUUCUCGUUGUCAAAACGAACCGUCAAUGUGAUUUGAUUUGCCCAAGGAGAGAACUAAGCCUGCAUUUGGAAAUCCUGCAUAAACCCAAGAACCCAGAUCUAUCGCCAAUUCGCUACUGUGAAGCCAUAAGACCACUAUGAGUUCCAGCGGGGGAGAUGCGAAAUUGUUCGCUAGGGGCAAAGUCGCCGAGCUGCGACAGGAACUGAACAGCGGCGGCAAGAAAGACAAGAACUACUCCGCCAAGAAGAUCGCCCUCAAGAAAAUCGUCGCGAACAUGACCAUGAGCAAUAACGAUAUGAUCGCUUUGUUUCCGGACGUGAUCAGUUGUAUGAAUUUGCCGAGCUUGGAGAUCAAGAAGAUGUGUUUCCUAUUUCUCGUCAACUAUUCGAGGAUGAAGCCUGACAUCGCACUGCAGGCGCUACCUCUCUUGGUCGAGGAUAUGGAAGCGUCCAACCCACUUGUGCGCGCCCUGGCGCUGCGGACAAUCUCAUACAUCCAUGUUCGAGAAUUCGUUGAAUCCACAGUCCAGCCACUCAAACGGCUAAUGGAAGAUAUGGAUCCCUAUGUUCGAAAAACCGCCGCUUUCUGUGUCGCGAAGCUAUACGAGCACGAUAAGAAAAUGGUCGAAACUUCCGAUCUCAUCGAUCGACUAAACUCGAUGCUAAAGGACGAGAACCCUACUGUUGUCUCUAGUGUCCUUGCUUCCUUGGUUGACAUCUGGGGACGGAGUGAAACCAUCUCUUUGACCAUCGAUUAUUCCAGCGCAUCAAAACUGGUAUCAAUUCUACCAGACUGUUCGGAAUGGGGCCAAACGUAUAUCCUAGAGGCAUUAAUGUCAUACAUCCCUCAAGACUCCGCAGAGGCGCUGUUGCUCGCAGAACGUAUAGCCCCCCGUCUAUCACAUUCAAAUUCUGCUGUUGUUCUCACCUCCAUCCGUGUCAUCCUCUACCUGAUGAACUACAUUGCCGAUGAACGGCAUGUUACAUCGUUAUCGAAAAAGCUAUCCCCGCCUCUUGUCACGCUUUUGUCCAAACCGCCAGAGGUUCAGUACCUUGCCCUUCGUAAUGCAAUUCUUAUAUUACAAAAGAGACCGGAAGUCUUAAGAAACGAUAUCCGCGUGUUCUUCUGUAACUACAACGACCCUAUCUACGUCAAGGUCACCAAGCUUGAGUUGAUAUUCAUGUUGACCACCAAAGAGAACAUCUCCGUUGUGCUGGCAGAACUGAGAGAAUAUGCAACUGAGAUCGAUGUCCAUUUUGUACGCAAGGCAGUACGUGCUAUUGGGAAACUGGCCAUCAAAAUUGAAUCUGCCGCGCAAGAAUGUAUCAACGCCCUCCUGGACCUUGUGAGUGCCAAAAUUCCGUAUAUUGUCCAGGAGGCAACGGUUGUGAUCCGCAACAUCUUCCGCAAAUAUCCCAACCAGUACGAGAGCAUUAUUGGUCAAGUCAUCCAAAACAUCGAUGAGUUAGACGAACCAGAAGCGAAAGCCGCCGUUAUCUGGAUCAUCGGGCAGUACGCAGACCGCAUUGAGAACUCCGACGGUCUUCUUCAGGAUUACUUAGCCACCUUCCACGACGAGACAGUGGAAGUACAACUCGCCCUGUUAACUGCAACCGUCAAGUUCUUCAUCCAGCGUCCCACAAAGGGCCAACAGCUGGUCCCCCAGGUUUUGAAAUGGUGCACCGAGGAAACAGACGACCCCGAUCUCCGAGAUAGAGGAUACAUGUACUGGCGUCUCCUGUCGACGGAUCCUGCCACAGCUCGCCAAAUCAUAAUGGGACAGAAGCCGCCUAUCACCGCGGAAAGUGAGAAACUCGACUCGAGAACUCUAGAGGAGCUGUGUUUGAACAUAGGCACCUUGGCAACUGUUUACCUGAAACCCGUCCAGCAGGUAUUCCGAUCCGCGCGUACUCGACGACUCCAAUAUAGCCCCGCCCUUCAGAAGCCCAAAGAAGACCCCAGCGCCAGCGUAUGGCAAUUCCCUGGCCCAGCUCCCGAUCCCAACGGUGCUACCUCUCCUGCGUCGCCAACCAACGGCUUCGCUGCUACACCGGCUAAUAUGAAUGCUGCCGUGAACGCUGCCGACAACUACUUCAACAGCGUAGCAGUUGGGACCCAGCAAAUGGCAGCUCUGGAUCUGGGUGGUCGCGAUGAUAGUGGUGUCGGGGACGGAGGUGUGCUGCAGAACCAAUACCUGGUUAACCAACAUCAACAACAGGUGUAUCAACCUUAUUUGGCAGGUGGUGCAGCCACGGGUGAGCUUUUGCUGUUGUAAUGUGUGGACGAGAGUGAUUAAUAAUAUAAUAUGGCUUCUAUGCAUGUGUUAAAAAACCUUGCCUUUUUUUUUUAUUUAUUCUAGCGAUGUUGGUCCAUUAGGGACUUUGUGAUAUACCUGGUUUAUUUCGUACUGCUUCCUUGGUUCGUUCGUUCGAUUAUUAUUUGCAUUCAUUAC